AUGGCUGGAAUACUAGUUGACGUUCUGUUAGAGCGUUUGGCUACGCUAGCCCUUGACAAGGUCGAACGCGAGCUGAAGCUGGUGAGAGGGGUUAAGCAAGAAAUCAAAAAUCUCACCAAGAAACUCAAAGCUAUUCGAGCUGUACUGGAGGACGCAGAGCAGAGGCAAGUGAUGGAAGCCAGCGUGAAAGAUUGGCUGAAUGAGCUAAAUGAUGUUUCCGACGACAUGGAUGACGUGCUGGAUGAGUGGAUCACUAGAGUUCUCAUGCAUCAAUUGGAGAACCAAGAAAAACAAGGUGCAAAUGCUCUUGCUACUACUAAGAAGAAGGUAUGCUUUCCCUUUCCUUCCUCUUGCUUUCGCUUCGGCCAAGUCAAUCAGCUAUUUCGUCGUCACGAAAUUGCUGCGAAGAUAAAAGAGCUAAAUGAAAGUUUAGAUUUGAUUGAUCAAAACAAACAAAGUUUUGGCUUUCAUCAAAACACCACUAGGGUCCCCGAACUACCUCAACGACAAAAAACUACUUCUCUUCCCAAUAUUAAAACAUUUGGUCGAGAUAAGGAGAAAAACCUCAUAGUUAGCAAGUUGAUAAGUGAGAGUAGUCAAGAAAAGGAAGUUCCUCUUAUCAUCCCUAUUGUAGGGAUGGGGGGAAUGGGGAAAACAACUCUUGCUCAACUUGUUUAUAAUGAUGAAAAUGUCAAAUCUCAUUUUGACAAGAGAAUAUGGGUCUGUGUCUCGGACCCUUUUGAAGAGAUCAAGAUUGCUCAAGCUAUCAUUGAAGAAAUAGAUAAAGAUAAUAGUUCAAAAAGCUCAAAUGUGUUGCAAACCCUGACGCAAUGUAUAGAUAAAUUGAUUGAGGGUAAAAAGUUUCUCCUAGUUUUAGAUGAUGUUUGGAGCCCAAACUCUGAUCAAUGGGAAGAAUUGAUCAAACCUUUACGUAAUGGUGGUAUAGGAAGUAGGAUAUUGGUGACCACUAGAAAGGAGGAGGUUGUUACUUUAAUGAAAGCAACAACUCAAUUGAUCCAUUUGAAGGAGUUGGGUGAAGCAUUUUGUUUGUCAUUGUUCUAUUACAGUGCAGACAUGGAUGAGAGUAGUGUGUCCACCGAGUUUAAAAAUAUUGGAUCAGAGAUUGUGAAAAGGUGCAAUGGGUUGCCUCUUGCUGCAAAGACAUUAGGAAGCCUCAUGCGUAAUAAGAAAAAGAUUCAUGAAUGGCAAGCUGUUUUAAAGAGUAAGACAUGGGAAUUGAAAGAGAUUCAACAAGAUGUUUUUCGACCACUACUAUUAAGUUAUCAUGAUUUGAGUCCAGCAACCAAACGUUGUCUUUUGUAUUGUGUUACAUUUCCAAAAGAUUAUGUGUACAAUAGGAAUUGUUUGAUUGAGUUGUGGAUGUCGCAAGAUUAUUUGAAUGUCAAAGAAAGUAAAGAAAAGAUAGUGGUUGGUCAAAAUUAUUUUGAUGACUUAGUAAUGCGGUCAUUUUUUCAAGAUAUUGAGGAUGUUCAGUUUGAGUAUGGAAACAUAAAAUGCAAAAUUCAUGAUAUUGUACAUGACUUUCUACAAUAUUUGACAGAAAAUGAAUGUUUGAUUUUGGAUUUUGAGUUGGAUGCUAGUAAGAGAAGAGAUGUGUCAAAGGAUAAAGUUCAUCAUUUGACCUUAGUGCAUGCAACCGAGGGUGAUUCUCUGCAAACUUUUCUCCCUAAUUAUAAAAAAUUACGUACCUUGAUAGCUAUACAAUCAUCCGAAUAUUCCAUUGGCCCAAUAUUUGAGUUGAUAGUACAAUUGAAAUGCCUUAGAACAUUAGACUUGCGUGGUUGGCGGGGGAAGGGUUGUCUCAAAGAAAUUCCCGAGACGAUAGGUGGAUUGAUACAUUUGAGGUAUCUCGAUUUAUCUGAGAAUUUGGGGUUGGAGGAAUUACCCAGCGCCCUGGGCAGUUUAUACAACCUGCAAACCUUGCGACUUGUUCGUUGCGUGAAUCUGAAAAAAGUAGAUGUCCGAAGGCUGAUUAACUUGAGGCAUCUUUAUGUUGAAGGCUGUUGGGAGCUAAAGUUAAUUGAAGGGAUUGAGAAAUUAACAGAUCUGCAAAGGCUAGAUCAGUUUGUUGUCCCAAUUAUCGGUGGUGAUGAAGGAAACAAGUUGGAACAUCUGAAAGACUUGAACCAGCUUCAAGGGAGUCUUGCUAUUCGUAUUCUGGGAAAUCCAAAUAUGGCGGAGAAUGCAGCAGCAAUCAUGGUGAAUAAGGCUCACCUCCUGGAAUUGAGACUAGAGUUUUACUCGGUUGAUGAAGGAAAGCAUGGAGAAAUUAUGAAUGGCUUAGAGCCGCAUCCAGAUUUGGAAUCUUUAUACAUCUGGUUUUAUAAAGGUGGCGCCUUCUCCCAUUGGUUGUCGUAUUUACACAGCUUGAGAAUGCUCAUCCUUGAGACUUGCACGGAAUGUGGGGUUUUGCCUCCUUUAGGGAAACUGGCGUCCCUUGAAUCAUUGCAUAUUGUGCAACUCCAUGGAGUCUCAAAGGUAGGAGUUGAGUUUUUGGGAAUAGAUGAUGGGCAAACCUCCUCAUCGUCUUCCAUUUUCAUAUCAUUCCCCAAGCUUAAACAACUCGGCUUCUACAACAUGGGGCCAUGGGAAGAGUGGGUAGGAGUGGAAAAUAAUAAUAUUACAAUCAUGCCAUGCCUCUCUCAAUUGACAAUUGGGUACUGCUACAAGCUAAAAGCACUGCCGGACUUCCUGUGGGAGACACCACUACAGAAAUUGCACAUCUUUAGAUCUCCAAUUCUCCAAGACCUUUACAGACAAGGAAUAGGUGAGAAGUGGGCCAAGAUCCCAACCAUCGUGAUAGAAGACUAAUCUGGAUGACGCAUCUCAAAGGCUUCAGCUUCUCUUGAAACAAGCACAGUUCUCUAUCAUUCGUCAUAUUUCAACCUGGGAUGCAUGUCCAAUGGAAGUCAAUAUUGGAGCUAGGGGACAAGGGAACAUCAAUUGAGCAUCAGGCAUUGUCUUCCCCCCUACCCUUCAGAUACAUCAGUGAUUAGUUGAGCAUGAGCUAGCAGAGUUAUAGCAUAGACCAAACCUAGGAGGGUACGAAAGAGGUCAAACACUUGAGGUGGUCAUACAUGUGCUUCCUCAGAUCGAUGCUCAACUUUCUAUCAAUUUUAGCCGUAUUCACCUUGAUUUUUUCAGGAUACAGAUGAUCAUUCAUGCCCACGUGAAUAGCUAAAGGGAUUCUUGGACUUCCAAUUCCAAUACUAGAUGAUCUUCACCACUAAGAUGUGAACCGCACCAGGCUGCUUGUACUGCUCGUAUUGAAGCUGCAUGCAUAAGCAUUCAUCAUGGCAUCUGAAUUUGGGAAACUGCAUAAGUACCAACUUGUAGAUUAUAUUAUAACUUGAAGUUCUUGGUUUUCAAGUUGGACUAUUAGCAAGUCUCGUAAAACCUUUUGAUUAAUUACAUGGACCGAGGACGGUCUAGUCAAGAAUAUCAAUCUCUUCCAUUGUCUGGACUUUAUUAGACUUACUGGGAAGCUAUGCAAGGUUAUGACAAUGAGCUGUCAUUGGAGAAGUUAAACUUGGGAUUGUUCCUUUGGUCUAAGUAGGUUAUGCUAGCUUGUGUAUCCUUCUGCUCGUCUAAGUUAUAUUGUCAUUGUUUAUAUAGGUACAUAACUCCUGCCAUAGAAUUCUAAAUUUGCAUGUUUUAGUAUAUUUGGUGUUUAUCAGUAAUUAGCAAGGAAAAAGAAGUGAGAAUAUUGAUGCAUUAUAUAGACAUGAGAAUGAUGCAUCAGAUGGUUUUCUUGAGAGAUUAAUGUUUGAGUGUGAUAUAGGUGAUCAUGACUGUCAGGAGCUUAAGAGGUUACAAACAGCACCAGUUAGAGACAUGUUCUUAAAGCAUUGAAAGAAGGCAUGAGGUUACUGAAGGCUGCCAGUUUGAAGACCUUCCUGUUUGGUUAUGAUACUCUUCUUCCUCUAAUGCUGGAACUUGGGUCCCUAUCAAGUACAUUUUAGAAAGAUUGCAAGCACCCUUCUGUGUAUGGAAUUGGGAGGUUCGGCUUCAAAGUUCUGUUGGUUAGACUCCUGAAGAUGAGAUGACCCUCAGAAGAAAAUCGCACCAACGUACAUGUACAGCUCACACUGAGGCUUCAUUUAGAAUGGCCUUGGAGUUGCAAAGCUGAUGGGAUGCUAAUAUGAUAAGCUGUCUAUGUCAUAACCUAAAGUUCUCAGUUCAUGUGUGUUUGUGGCACAUAUAUGGCUCUGUAAGACUGUGACUGUGAGACUGAGUUAAGGAUCAUAGAUUGCUUUAACUUUUUGGUUAUUUGGGUGCACCUAGGUUGGACUGUUGGAGCAAUGCAUCUGAGGCACCAAUCAGACCUACAUUUGACAAGCUGUGGGGUGGCCAUGAUAGAUGAAAGAAGGAGGAUUGGGCAAGUACUCAUGCAUCCAAUAUUUGAUUGGGAGCCCAGCCCAGGUCUCCGUUCCCUAUUCCUUUUUGCUGAUACGAAUUUGCCUGUAUGCUGAUCUCUACUUGUGCAGAGAGGAUAAUCAAGGUGCAGUCAAACCACCAUUCCUUGCGGUAGAAUGUCAAGCAACAAUAUUACAACAUGCAAUUACAAACUUAUUUUGUAUCACCUAUUUGACUGAUGGAUGAGGCAGGCUAUCUUACCUAAACUAGGUAAUUUUUCAUAACCAUCUUAAGUAAGCCUAUGUUACAAACUAGACUGAUCCCAUGGCAUGAAAUAGUUGUGUUAUUGGCUUAAGAUAUUCGAGGUGUGGAAGAAAAGAGUGGAUAUGACCAUGAGGUCCAUUCCAUGAAAAUUCACUUUUGCCAUGUUUUGAAGACUGAGAUUAGCAUUUAGCCCAUUGCUGCAACAAUGUUGUUCCACAUAGAUUUAUGAGUUCAACUUAUUAUCUAUUGGGUUCGGUAUCACAGAUUGCUUUUAACCUUUUGGUUAAUUCGAUGUAUUAUGGAUGGAGCCUAGCCAAGCAGCUGAGGCAUCUCUUCGAGUGUCUCAACUUUAUUAGGAAGCUGUGCAUGGUUUUGAGGUGUGAGGUGUGACUAUGAGCCAUCAUAGAAGAUUGUUCAACUUGGGAUUGUUUCUUUGGUCUACCUAGGUUACUAAGUCCUCU